UUUGAGCAAGAUUUGGUUGUGACAGCAGAUCAAAUAAGACUGAUUCAUCUGGACUCUGAAAAGUCAAACUUCUCAUUCCAAUAUGAAAACAAGAAGAAGGUUGGAUGAGUCAUAGUUGACUUAUUAUGCGAAUAAUAGUGAAAAGGAGGCGUUCCAAAUUCCCAUCCCCAAUGGAAGACCCGACCCGACCUUGGCUGGUCAUCUCGUUGACCUGAUCCAUGGGUCCCACAGAACAGGCGCUACGAUAGCGCGGGUUUUCGAGGACGCGUGUCGGAACUGUUCGCGCUUGCCUGGAUUCGCACGCCGGUUCACAUGCCCACACGGCGGUGACGACACCGUUCUCCCUCCAUCACUGUAGUUUAAUCCUCGUUCGUUGACCCAGGAUCGCCUCACCUCCCCGUGAUCUGACCUCCACCGCUCCCACCUUAAUAACCAAAUAAGAAAGAAAAUCUCACAGCUUAUUGCGACCAAAUCCAUCACAACGUUUAUGUCUUUAUAUAUACGUACAAAAGAACCAAAUAGAUUUGAUUUCCUUCUUUGCGGCUUGCGUAGUCUCAGGAGUAGCUCUUCCGCUGACCCAACCCACCUUCUGUUGCUCCAUUACCUGUUGUAGAGUUGCUUGUAGAGGAGGAGGAGGAGGAGGAGGUGACGGCUGGACACAUACUUUGUAUUACGGCAAGAGAUCGGUGAGAGGCAAAAAUGCCAGAUAUCCAGUUAGGAGUUCACACAUUGCGAUCCCAUGGAACCAAAGUUGCAAGAUUUCAUAUGCACGACUGGAUUAUACUCAUACUCCUCGCUAUAAUAGAUGGAUGCUUAAAUCUUAUAGAACCUUAUCAUCGGUUUGUGGGAAAAGACAUGAUGACAGAUCUGAGGUAUCCAUUGAAAAGCAACACAGUGCCAUUUUGGGCUGUUCCGUUAAUCGCCAUUCUGUUACCUUUUGCGAUUAUUAUUGGCAUAUACUUCAAAAGGAGGAAUGUGUAUGAUUUGCAUAAUGCCAUACUAGGCUUGCUUUUUUCGGUGCUUAUAACUGGAGUCAUAACUGAUGCAAUAAAGGAUGCUGUUGGCCGACCAAGGCCAGAUUUCUUCUGGCGCUGUUUUCCUGAUGGAAACGAUAUCUACAACAAUGUGACGACAGAAGUUAUAUGCCAUGGGGAAAAGGGCGUAAUCAAAGAAGGGCACAAGAGUUUUCCAAGUGGACAUUCGUCGUGGUCUUUUGCGGGUCUAGGUUUCUUAGCAUGGUAUCUAGCAGGGAAAAUCCAGGCUUUUGAUCGUAGGGGCCAUGUCGCAAAGCUAUGCAUUGUAUUUCUUCCUCUACUUUGUGCAUCCCUUGUGGCAAUUUCUCGCGUCGACGAUUACUGGCACCAUUGGCAAGAUGUCUUUGCAGGAGGUUUUCUAGGAUUGGUAGUCAGUUCAUUUUGUUAUCUGCAAUUCUUUCCACCCCCUUAUCAUCUAGACGGUUGGUUGCCCCAUGCAUCCUUGCACACGAUGGCUGAUACUAGAAACGAGGUUCAGCUGCAGUCGACUACGAAUUCUCUUCAGUCAAGGCCAUCGGUGAUUGACACUGUUUAUGUUGCAUCCGAGGGUCAGAAUGGAAUCCACAUGAGAGACACAAGCGCAAUUAUGGACUCAAUGGAAGCCGGUUGGAGGCAUUGAUUUCCAGUACAUCAUCUCCUCUUCACAAACUGAGUUCUUAUCUGCUGUACAUUGCUGUGUAAAAUUUAUUCUUCUUCUUCUUUUUCCCACUUAUGUCUGGUCUGCACUCUGAUACAUCAUAUUUGACAUCAUGUCAUGAUAUACUGCUACUCGUUUUUCUA